UAAAAAAAGAAAGUUUGGCUGAUCUGAGACUGUGGAUGUGAAUCGGGUUGUGCUAUUUGGGUAUUUACAGAAUUCGACCCCUAACCUGAAUCUCAGUAGGGUGGUUCGCAUUGAAGAUGGAAGGGAUUGAAGGAGAAAGAAGCAACAAAGGUGAAGGAAAUAGCAGCAGAUACAGUCUUCAACCCUUACGAAUUAACAACGAAGACAUACUGUUAUGUAUCGACAUUGAUCCUCAAUCAAUGGUUGAGAUGAAAGCUGCCACUGCUCCCAACGGAAGACCCUUCACUCGUUUAGACGCAAUUAAACAAGCUAUCAUUCUCUUCGUGAAUGCAAAACUCACCAUCAAUCCUCAACAUCGCUUCGCUUUCGCUACUCUCUCCAAUUCCGUCUCAUGGCUGAGGAAAGAGUUUAGCAGUGAAGUUGAGUCAACAAUUGCAGCAAUGAGAGCGCUUUCGGCUACUACAGCUAGCAGUCAACCAGACCUUACUAAUUUGUUCCGACUUGCUGCUCACGAAGCCAAAAAAUCCCGUAUGCAGGGUCGCAUUUUAAGAGUGAUUUUAUUCUAUUGCCGAUCGACUGUGCGCCCUCAACAUCAGUGGCCUGUGAACCAGAAGCUCUUCACUUUGGAUGUCAUGUACCUUCAUGACAAACCCGGACCCGACAAUUGCCCCCAGGAGGUUUAUGAUACACUGGUGGAAGCUCUUGAACAUGUUACCGAAUACGAGGGUUACAUCUUGGAGAGUGGACAAGGGUUAGCUAGGGUUGUUUUCCGUCAUAUGUUAAUUCUAUUGUCGCAUCCUCAGCAGCGCUGUGUUCAAGAGUUCAUUGACAUACCUAAAUCACUUGCAAAGAAGGCUCCUCAGGUGGAGCCAAUGGCUACUGAAGAUAUUGUUCCAGUAUCAAGCCAGUGAGAAUGGCAUUAUCUAAUUAUUAAUUCUACCAUGUAAUUUAGGUAAUGGUAUGUAUUUGGCUUCUAGAAUUGCAAUAUCUGACACAUGCCCCUAGUAAUUUUCUGUAAAUGAUGCGCAUCUUUAUUUUAUAUGAGAAAAUUUGUAUGAAUUGCCAAUUUGUUGGUUAACUGGUGUUUUUAUCCCAAGUUGUUAGACAUUUUCAAUUUGGUAGAAUUCCGGUUGC